CACACCCGCAACAAGCUGCCUUCAGAACCUUCUCACCAGAUUGAAGCUAAACUAGUCAAGAUGAUGAUCAAAGUAGCUCUUGUGCUCUGUGCUAUUGUGGCAACCAGUAUGGUGUGCGCAAAGAAUUUUGAAGAGCAAGAUGCAUUGGACACUUUGCUGAAUCUGAUGCUCUCAGAGGAGGUUGCAUCUCCUGAUGCUGUAGCCUUGCAAGGCUGGUUCAAGCACGCGUUUCAUCACGUCACUCAUGCAGUUAGCCACGCGGCUCAUGACGUCAGUCAUGCAGUUAAGGCAGGCAUCCACGCUGGACAGAGAGCGUGCUCGGGGCUUGGUCUUUCUCCAGAAGAAGCUCGCGUUAAAAUUCUGACUGCGAUCCCAGAGAUGAAAGAAGAGGAUCUCACCGAAGAGGGUGUUCGAGCAAUCUGCGCUGGUGCACAUGCCCUUGGCCGUUAGACUCGGAAGGGAUCGUGAUACAACAUUUGGAACGCUUGAUGUCGAUUCUUCCUCGAGAAACAAUGAAAUAAAAGCAAGAAAUUGUCAACUCCAUCAUGUUUUUGCAAUUUCCUUAUAAUUAGAAUCUUCUUUAUCACUCCUGAAUUGUUAAAAUCCUUAAACCUUGUUUUCCCUCUAAAAUGAAAUGAUGGUGAGUGUUUUUCAUUAUCAAUACAUAUUUUGCCUUUACUUCCAUGUAUCCAUUCAUUAUACAUCUUUUCAAGGU